AUGUCACUCAAACAAGAGAUUGAGACGUGGGUACGAGCUUUGGAGCAUUACGACUACAACGAAUACGAUGCUGCUCUCCGAGCAUUCAUGACGGUCGCAGACACAUCGAAGAUACUCUUCAACUGCGCCGUAAUACAUGCGACGCUAGGAGAGCAUACUCAAGCUGUUCAAUGUUAUCAGAGAGCAAUCCACUUUGACCAGUAUAUGGCCAUAGCCUAUUUCCAGCAGGGCGUCUCCAACUUUCUCCUGGGAGAUUUCGAGGAGGCUCUGGCUAAUUUCAACGACACGCUACUGUACCUCCGUGGCAACAGAUGGAUCGACUACGAUCAAUUGGGUCUCAAGUUCAAACUUCACUCUUGCGAGGCGCUCUUCAAUCGUGGUCUCUGCUAUAUCUAUCUUCAGCAGCGAAGUGCUGGUCUUCAGGAUCUGUUUUAUGCAUCCAAGGAGAAGGCUGUACCGGACCACGAUGUGAUCGACGAAGCGAUACGUGAACAGGCCGAGGGCUAUACUGUAUUCUCCAUACCAGUAGGCAUGCUGUACAGACCAAAUGAGGCCAAAGUCAAAAACAUCAAGUCCAAGAACUACCUCGGAACCUCAACUUUAGUUCGGGCACAAGAUAGAACUAAACAGGUCUAUCUGGAUCAUCGACGUAACCUGACCGCCUCGAGCUUUGCGAUAGACGAUCGUCCCGAGGAAAAGCUAUCAUAUGCGGCUAUCAAUCUCGUCAGAACCGGACUCGCAAGUCGCUCGCGUCAACAAUCAGAGCCACCUAUUCAGAGAAACAUGUUUCCACCUACUCCACCACCUGAAGCCGAAAGAGCGGCCCAGAUGGCGACAACGAGUACCAAACGCAGAUCGACCGAGAGCACAGCAAGCCUGCCGACAGGACUGCAUCAAAGCCGGCCAUCAACAUCUAAACCUGCGAAACUGGAUCUGGGACUUGCUGCUUUUGAAGCAUCCUCGUCAACAACGAGUCUGGUAAUAGAGAAGCCACGGCUGGGAACCCUAAGAUCUGCUUCGGAGAGACCCAGAGCGCGCGACCCUCAAUCUUCACGUUCAAAGCCACAGAGAAGACUUGAGAGCGAUCGGCAUUCGGACUCUUAUCAAACACACGAUGACACACACGUCCUACGACCGGAUGUAUAUACGCCGGAUACAGUGGCCUCGGCGGUGCGACAAGCACUCGCCGAGCCUGAGAAACUACAACCGACAUCCUUCAAUCAUCAACGCACGCGAUCAGGAGGGCAGUCCCUGCGCGAGUAUCCUCGCUCCAUCGCCGAAGAAGACGAAACAUCCGCACAAGAAGAAGAAGAAUCAAAAGAUAGUCAAACAUUCAAAGACGACCCUGCUCUCCAUGCUCUCCUCGAGACCACAAUCACAAACGCACUACCCUACGAGAUCACACCUACCAUCCCACCAGCACCACAACCUGCUCCCGCAGCCCUUCGCAAAAUACGCGUAAAGGUGUUUGCAUCAGAUACACGCUAUGUGAUGAUACAACCCGACGUUUCCUACGACGCCUUUGUAGAACAAAUACGCAAGAAGUUCGGAUACGCAGGUAAAGAAAGUUUCAAGAUGAAAAUGAAAGAUGAAGAGGGGGACAUGGUUACCAUGGGAGAUGAAGACGAUUUGGAAAUGUUGACGACGAUUGCGAAAGAACAGGCGGGUAGAGAUGGAGUCGAGAUGGGCAAGAUGGAAGUUUGGGUACAGGAGAUGUGA